AUGAGUACGAGCACAUCACACACCGAGCAAACAAUAGAUGUAAAGGAUGUUGAUGAUGGAAAAACUAAAUUAAGAAAAUGGCUGAACACCAACUUUAGAAUAGAAAUGACUGACGGAAGAGUACUCAUUGGAGUCUUUCUAUGCACAGAUCGCGAUGCUAAUGUUAUAUUAGGUGCUUGUUCAGAAUAUCUUAAAGGCAGUGAAAUGGAUUCUGAAGAACCAAGAGUACUUGGAUUGGUCAUGGUGCCAGGCCGCCACAUUGUCUCCAUCCAAAUAGAUGAUACUACGCCUCCCCAAAAAUACUAUUAUGAUGAGUAG